GGAAGAGGGAGAACGCAUUUGAUCGGCUUGUCGCCGCUAGUUACCGAUCUGGAGUUGUUUCCGACCAUCACGAUGCAUGGUCAUGUUUCUUAUGGUGACCUUCCCGGUUCCAUGAUAGCAAACCUCGCCGGAAAACACCCAUUCACACAACAGCUCGAUGUCAUCUUCCCCGCUGAUGACACACUUGCCGCCGCCCUUUCCGUUCUUGAAGCGACCUUCAUGGAAGGCUCGAUGGAGCUGUCAAGCCUUGCCGAGAAAAUCGAAAGCUUCGUGGUCGUGAAUGAUCAGUGGUCCAGUGAAUUUUCCGCUCUUAGUGUGGAUCCACACACCGACGAUACCUGGUGCAUUGAUACCCGAGGGCUGCUAACUUUGUAUCUGUCGGAUGAGAGUUAUCAGCAGCUCGGCCUCACCGGAAAGAAGGUUCCGUUCAAGAACCAUUUGGAACAUGUCGUAUCACUUCCUCUGCAACCUGGUGCGACAUCGGAACAGACCCGUCGGAAACGGGACGGUAUGCUUAGAGCCUGGGAUGAUCGCCGCAAACGUGAAGGUCUCGAACCGUGGUCCGUGUUGUUGAAUUCCGCGCCGACACAAAUUUCCGGUGCUCCCACCCUCACUCAAAAGAUAGCCAGGUGCAAUAUCACCACGACACGCAACAUCAGGGCGCCGCAGGUAUCCCUUCGCGCUCGCCCAAAAGAUCCAGAACCGGGCGAGGACUGGGAUGAAGAGAUGCACAUGCUCCUGGAGUGGAUAGGGAUGGCCGGCUUGGGGGCUCAACGACUAGCCGCCAACGAUCAGGUGGACCCGUUCGUUUCGCUCUACGAAGUUCCAGCUCCAUCGCAAGUUGCCGAUCUCACGCGCCUGCGGUGGACGGGAUUCCUCAGCCCUACAUUUGUGCGGUCCCUUCUGGAAGUCGUCGAGACUUCCGUCAAGCCCGAUUUUGUUUGCGUGACAGCCAACAUGUUCACGAGAACUCCCGUGUCCUAUCUGUCCCCAGACAAGCCCAGUCCAAUGAGAGUGCCCGAUCAGGAUGGGGAGGACACUUGGGUGUUGAUCUUUGCUGGGACAAAAUGGUGCCUUGCAGAGAGCAUUGGACGACAGGACACGAGAUGGGGAUGACCGUAACCACCAUAAAAAGCAUAGAUUGUAGUGGCAUAUGCGAUACAGUCCUCGAUAUAUACAUGAUACAACGCGUGAAAUGAACGUGCAGGUAAUGGGCGUGCAAAAGACUUGUACAUAUGGGGACGCUGUAAUUCCAAGGCAGAUAUAUGCAUCCGGAAGAAAUGAUGUGUCGUCGCACAACUCAAACCCUGACAGGAAGGCGCGCCAGCGAUUGGCGAGCAUCAGGGUUCGUGAACGGCCCGGCGGCAGCAUGCGUCAUGCGCAGCGUCGGGGAUCCAGCGGUGACAGGAGGAUGCGCGACCAGGCCGGAGCCCCACAUAUAAACGCGGGGUGUGCUGUUCACCGGUGGAGACGGGGUCAUGAGCUCAGAUGAGCUCGUGUACGUCAGGGGCAGAGGCGUGCUCGGGGAUUCGGGAUAGACGACGCUGUGCGUCGCAGUCUCGACUGCGAUACUCAACGGAGAGAGCAUAGGUUCUUCCUGAUCCCAGGGCACUUCGGUGACACCUACGAGCGCUCGAGUGACGGGGACCGGCGAGUGGUUGGAAAUGAGCACAGGGCGCGGGGUAUCAUCCAUUACAUGGAUGUUCACCAUUUCACCGUUGUCAGUUGACGCCAGCGGUGGGUCUACUAAUGAAUACCCCGGCAUGUUGGAAGCAGGCUCGGUGGGAACAGGGCGUGUCCACAAGCCAGACAUCCGCAUGGGAUCCGUGAGGAGCGAUGUAAGACGAGGGCUGCUUGGAGCACUUUCCGCGUCCGAUAUAGGCGAAAACUCGGGCGAGCUUGGUGUCACCUCGAACGUGGUGACAGGGCGUUCCUCAAGAUCGACUUCGCCCUGGUCGAGGAAAGCCUCGUACUGGGCGCGUUCGAAGAAUUCGUCUGCGUCGGGGUCGAAACGAUUGUCGAAACUCCAUUUGCGAGGGUGGUCGUCACAGGAAAGGUCGGGGGUGCUCUCCUUGACGAGAACUGAGGUGCGGUACCGGGUCUUGGAGAACAAUUCGCGUCCCAUUUUUUGGAGAGAUUAAAGCAAUUCAAUGAAGGAUUGCAAGUGAUGGAGAAAGAUUAACAGACACAAGUCCUUUUGGUGGAUGGGGGACAGAA